AUUUUAAUAUCACGUACUCUCCUGCCCACUGAAAUUAACCACCCCCUAAUUAUUUAACAUGGCCAGCAGCAACGGCAACACACAGCCAGCUCUUAAGAUGCAGCAGCUGAUCAAGAGUGACCGUCGACGGACGUUCUCAUCAUCUGAUGACGGUGCAAUGAUGAAGCAGAUUCAGGCAACGCAUUCCCCUGAUGGUCGUGAAGUUGAUGUCAAGCCCAUUCUGAAUAUCAUUGAGGACAUCUUGCGUCGUGCCAUUCCUACCAUUGAUGGUGUUCUUAUUAAUGGUAAGCAAGAACAAGUGGAUACGGCGGAAGACAAGAGUACUAGUCAGCUGGCUGAUUUUCUUGGCGUUCUUGAAGCAUUGGCUUACCUCAUACAUAAAAUUUCCUGCGAGUUAUCAUGCAAGUGCUCAGGUGGUAGCGACGCACAUGCAACAACUAUGGCGCUAUUCAACACCCUUUCGAGCUUUUCAUGGGAUACAAAAGUUGUCAUAGCUCUUGCAGCUCUUGCUGUGAAUUGUGGGGAGUUCUGGCUCGUUGCUCAGCUUUGGACGACAAAUCCUCUCGCCAAGUCGGUGGCUUUCCUGAAGCAGCUGCCGGACAUCUUACAGAAUGUAAACUCUCUGAAACCCCAGUUUGACGCACUAAAGAAACUCGUCAAGGCCAUCAUAGACGUAACAAAGUGCAUCAUUGAGUUCAAGGAGCUUCCGUCACAGUACAUUUCAUAUGACACGCCACCGAUGUCAACUGCCACGGCUCAUAUCCCCAUUGCCGCCUACUGGACAGUUCGAAGUAUAGUGGCUUGCGCCUCACAGAUUGCAAGCUUUAUAGGUUUGAGACAUGAGUACACUGCAUCAGCCACGGAGGCGUGGGAACUGUCAAGCUUGGCUCAUAAGGUCAGCAAUAUACACGAGCAUCUCAAGAACCAACUCGCUGUCUGCAAUCAACAUAUAGAUGAGAAGAUACAUCUAGAACGCUACCAUAAUCUCGUCCGGCUUUUUGAAACACUACAAAUUGACAAUAUGAAGACUCUCAAGGCAGUGAUAUACCCCAUGGAAGAACUGCAGAUUGGUACUACCAAGGCAAAGGCAAGUAUUGAAGUACUAAAGAGAAAACAUGUGUUACUGCUGAUAUCGGAUCUUGACAUCUCCGAGGACGAAAUUUUGAUUCUUAGUCACAUGACCCAAAAAUCACGAAGGCCAGCAGAGGCCCAAUAUGAAGUGAUAUGGCUCCCAAUUCUGGAUAGGAUGACCGUUUCAAAUGAAAAGAAUACAGCUAAAUUCAAGCACCUGCAAUCAAUGAUGCCAUGGUACACUGUGCUUGAUCCAUGGAUCAUAGAACCGGCAGUCAUCAAGUACAUCAAGGAAGUGUGGCAUUUUGCAAAGAUAUCAAUUCUAGUUUCAUUAGAUCAACAGGGAAGGGUGGUCUCCCAAAAUGCACUCCACAUGCUGUGGAUUUGGGAGAAUUCGGCUUUCCCUUUCAAUAGUGAGAAAGAGGAAGCCUUAUGGAAGUCAGAAACUUGGAGAAUUGAGCUACUCGUUGAUACCAUUGAUCCAGAAGUGUUUAAUUCGAUAGCAAACGGGAGAAUCGUAUGCUUAUAUGGAGGUGAGGACAUUGAGUGGAUCCGGAAAUUCACAUCCACAGCACAAGCUGUUGCCAAGGCUGCUAAGGUGACGUUAGAAAUAUUUUACGUGGGGAAGAACAAUGCAAAGGAGAGGGUGAGCAAAAACAAUGAAAUAAUCAGAAAAGAACUUCUCAGUCGGCACUGGCCACAACUCACAUCCAUAUGGUUCUUUUGGAAACGGCUGGAGAGUAUGUUGUAUUCAAAAUUGCAGCAUGGCAGCAGUGUCGAGAACGAUCACAUAAUGAGGGAGGUCAUGACUAUGCUUAGCUUCGACGGCGGAGAUCAAGGAUGGGCACUAGUGUACGGAGGACCGGCUGAGAUUGCCAGAGCCAAAGGAGACAUUGCUCUGACGUGCCUGCAACAGUUCGAGCAGUGGAAAGACGAUGCUGAGAGCAAUGGCUUUGUGCCAGCACUCAAGAAUCGCAUGAAACUUCUUCACCUCCCGCAUCAUUGCAACCGCCUCAUCCUCCCCGGUGUCAAUGGCGGAAUCCUGGAGACUGUGGUGUGUGCAGAGUGUGGCCGUCCGAUGGAGAAGUACUUCAUGUACCGCUGCUGCGUCGAGGACUAAGUCGCAUUAAGCUUUAUUUAUUGAGCAUGCAUGAUAUACAUAUAUAUCUAUAUUAUGGCUUGUCUGUUGUGAAAGACAAGCCUAGGCAUUUUGAUAUUUUGGUUGGUUAUGGAAAAACUAUUACAACUAGGAUUCGUAUUAUAUUAAUUAAUGAUGUUUGUGUGAAA